AGUCCACAGGAGGGUUCACUGGUUUCUGCUCCAGUCAGACAGAACAGGAGUAGUUUCAGUCCAGACAGAGAACAGGAGUCGUUUCAGAACAGACUGAGAAUUGAAAGGGUUUCAGACCAGACUGGUGUUGAGUGAGAGGUGGAUAAAGGAAGGGGCUGUAUCUAAACCCUGGGGAACAAGGGUUAAAGACAUGCCAUCAGGGCGGUUGAUCAAGCUGGUGGUGUAUGAGGUGUUACAGGUCGCUUGUCUCAGUGUUCCAAUGUUCGUGGUGAUGGAGAGGUUUGCUUCCCUGAUGCUCCAUGUCAGAGGAGAUCUGACUGCCUAUUGGUUGGUGGUAGCAGCUUCCAUAGCCUACGUUACCUCUGUAUCUCUGCUGGUCUGGGUUCCACUCCGGUACUGUGUCCUCAAGCAGCACACGGUCAUCACAGACAUCACGCAGUGGAGACCAACAACAUUGGCCUAUGUGAUUCUGUGCACAUUACCAUGCUUCUCUAUUCUGAUCGCCGGUUCCAAGGUGCAGGUGGAUAAGGGACCCCAGUACAGACAGGACCACUUCUCUGAGCUGCCCGUCUCUCUUGUGCUCUUCUCUCUCAUCUGUGUGGAUAUCAUCGAGAGGAUCCGGCCGUGCUGCCUCACUGGGCAAGCAGACCGUAUGGAAAUGGAUCUGGACAUGCCGGGUCCUGUUCUGACCCACCUGGAGCAGGUGAACAGCGUGUCGGGCCAACUGUACUAUGAGAGGGGGCAGAACGGGGUGUUGGGGAACGGUUCUGCUACAGGGAGGUGGAGAGACUCACGACCAACCAGCGGGGCCUACCUGUACUCCUCGUCACACUCCCACUCUGGCCCGCUCCGUGUCCUGUGGUCCCAGGAUAUGAGGUCAGAGGUGAUUGUUCACAGCUUCCUGUUCUGGAUGGAUGUGGUGGAGCUGGUGCGCGUGGCGGGGAUUCCAGAUGUGUUUUACUCUGGCUGGGUGUUUGCUGUCUACAUCCUGGUAUUUCUGUCCUGUCUCCGUCUGGCAGUGACGCCUCACAGCGCUCUACUGCCAUCAGCUGGCUUUUUCCUGCAGGACCUGCCUUUCCUGCUGCUGCGCCUCGGUCUGAUCUCUGUCCAUGGCAACAUCACACCCCUGCUUUACCCAAUGAAGAACCUGUUGGUCUGCCUUACAUUCACCUACUUCAACUUCCUGACCAAGCUCCGCCUCUUCCGCAGAGAUAGCAUGUUCUAGUCUUGCCCACCAGACACUCUCUCUCUGUCGAGACGUCUGGUUGCACAGCGCCUCAGAACUGGACUUGACGGGGAGUCUAUGGCAGGAGCAGUGAAAAGAAGUGUAAAGUACAUUUUAUCUGUACUUUUUUUUACUAUUUAUGUUUUUGACAACUUUUACUCCACUACAUUCCUAAAGAAAAUAAUGUACUUUUUACUCCUUACAUUUUCCCUGACACCCAAAAGUACACAUCACAUUUUGAAUGCUGCACUGGAUAAUUGUCUAAUUCACACACUUAUCAAGAUAACAUCCCUAGUCAUCCCUACUGCCUCUGAUCUGGCAGACUCACUAAACACAUGCUUAGGUUGCAAAUUAUAUCUGAGUGUUGAACUGUGCACCUGGCUAUCUGUAAAUUUAAAACACAAGAAAAUCGUGUUGUCUGGUUUGCUUAAUAUAAGGAAUUUUCUAUUUAUUAUUUUACUUUUGAUACUUAAGUACAUUUAAAACCAAAUACUUUUAGACUUUUACUCAAGUAGUAUUUUACUGGUUACCUUUCACUUUUACUUGAGCCAUUUUCUAUUAAGGUAUCUUUACUUUUGCUCAAGGAUGAAAAUUGGGUACUUAUUCCACCACUGGUAAACAGUCCGUUUUAAUUGGCUGAUCGCUCAGUCUAUCACCAUCUAGCAGAACCCUUAGAACCUCCCCCCUCCAUUGUUUAGUUUAAUGUGCCAAGCAGAGCAAGUGAUUUAAACAACGAAGUGAGUUAGGACAAUCUGAAAGUAUGCAUCUUAGAUUUUUUUUCACUUAUAAACUGACUUGGCUUUGCUAUACCGCAGCCGAAGCCUGCCAGCAGCCUAACUACCAAAGGUUGCACAGUGUCCAUAACAAUGAAGGAAGCGCAUCUCAAACAUCUCUAUCCCAAACCUUUCAAUAGUUAUCUAUAUUACCAGAGUUUUGUCUUAUUCCAUUUAUCUAUAUGAAAAUGCUAAAACUUUAGAUAACAAUAGAUGGCGAAGUCAAAGAUACUGGUUUCCAUUUGUUGCAAAGUUUUCCCUAAAUGCUUAUGACAUAUCCAGAACCAGCCAGCUGGCUGAUCUUUUGAAUACAGUAAAAAACAAACAGCAACAUCAACACAUUAUCAACACACUACACUGACAGCUGUCAGUACCUUAUUUGUUGAUGUUUCUCUACGUGACGAUGUUCCUUCCCUCAUUUCCUUCCUUCCCUCAUUUCCUCCCUGAUUCUUUGGAGGUGGAACCUUGUCAUUUCCAAUGUAUAUAAGCCAUGAAUAAAAGCUUG